AUGUUUGCUGUGGCGUUUAUUUCGUUGAAUUUAUGGUUACUAAGUAUUGGCGCGAAGAAAUGUUUCCAAAGAUUCGAAGAAGAUAAUGCAAGUUUUUGUUCCUGCGAUCCAGCGAUUGAGGACAGGAGCUUGUCCACGUUCUCGUUUCUAGAGGCCCUCAUGUUGUGUUCAAUGAGAUGUUCACAAACAGCCAGCUGUGUUGCUUACAACUUCUUCAAUGCCACCAAUCAGUGCCAACUCUUCAAUCAAACAUUGAAUAAGUUCUCUGUACUGCCCGGCUGCCAAUAUUUUUUUAAAAAAGAGGAACAAAUUAAACCAAUGAUGAUCAAUACCGAUGACGAACUGAAGGAAUUUUACUUCAACGGAGAGAACGUACCCGUUGCAAUGAACUUUCCACACGCAAAUGAUUGGGACAUUCCUGAUUGGCUCGACCUGAGUGGCAGUAUGUUCGUCCUCGCUGUGAAGGCCUACAACCGCGUUUUGAACGGUUGGCAUGGCUAUGUUCCAUGUUUAUAA